GGGGAAGGUGCCUGUGCCCUUCCAGACCCCUGUCCUGUGCCAUCCCCGACCUCCAGCUGCUGACAGCCCAGCCCUCAACCUGCUCCAGGGCCCAGUGGUUUCCACUGGACAGCAGCAGGGAGCUGUGGCAGUGGCUGACGUGGCCUUGAGAAGCUCCAGCCUCCGCUCUGUCACCCUCUGAGGGGGCAGGUCGUGGGUGCUGGUGUCGCCUCACCCUGGUUGGGCAGGGUGGGACGUGGGGAAGUGCUGAGGCAUCACCCCUCACACAGGAGGCUGUGUCAGCCCUGUGCACCAGGACACGGCCGUGCCUGUGGCCUGUGUCUGCUGCCUGGGCAGCAGGCAGUGUCCCCAUUCAGAGGCUGGGCCUGCAGUGCCUCUCCCGGGAUCACACGGCUCCAUCCCAUCACCACGCUCUGCACUGGGUGCCGCAUCCUCCCGCUGUGCUGCCAUCCCCAAGCCAGAGCCUGGCCCUGUGGGGAGAGGGACACCCUGUGUCCCAGUGCCCCAGCCUGACGGGUCCUGGUUUAUCCUAGGGGUAGGUGACGGUGGGGUGACAGCUGGCUGGGGGAUUUGUGGAGGGCAUUAUUUAAUGCUGCGGGUAAAAGGAGAAACAGCAGCUAAUUCUGGAGCCCAUAAUCCUCUUCCUCCCCCGGGGAUGGGGUGCGUGCUAGUCACGCAGCUGCCAGCGAGCCCUGGGGAUGAGCCCCUGGCAGCUCCCCAGGCGUGCCGUCGGCUAGUGCAACUCCCUGACCAUGGGUGAUGUGCAGAAGGGCUCCCCCAGCACCCCACACUCCCAGGGGCUGCUCUCCGUCAUCCAGAGGCUGAAGGGUUCCCUGGAGCAGGAGCUCCACGUUGUCCUGCUGGGGCUGGACAACGCAGGGAAGACCACGCUGCUGAAAUGCCUGGCAUCUGAGGAGGCCAGCACCAUCACCCCCACCCAGGGCUUCAACAUAAAGAGCAUCCACUCACAUGGCUUCAAGCUAAAUGUUUGGGAUAUUGGGGGGCAGCGCUCUAUCCGCCCGUACUGGAGGAAGUAUCUGGACAGCACGGACCUGCUGAUUUAUGUCAUUGACAGUGCAGACCAGAAGCGUUUUGAGGAGACAGGGCAGGAGCUGGCAGAGCUCACUGAGGAGGAGUCCCUCACGGGGGUCCCGCUGUUGGUGUUUGCCAACAAGCAGGACCUAGUGACUGCAGCACCCGCAGCUGAAAUCGCGGAAGGGCUGGGCCUCCACACCUACCGGGACCGGGAAUGGCAGAUCCAGGCCUGCUCAGCCUUGUCUGGGGAAGGAGUGCAGGAUGGGAUGAACUGGAUUUCCAGCCAGAUUAUGAACAGGAAGAAGUAAAAACUGCAAAGUGCCAGAUGGGACAGAGCUGCAGGUCCCUAAGCCAUGGCCAAUAACCCCUAGUCCCUAGACUCCCCACAAAGGCUCAUCUGGGCCCUGAGCCUCAGGCUGCCAUGCUCAGAUGGGCUUCCUACCCAAUUUUUCACUAAUCAGUCACUUCCCCUCUCCCUGCUUCCUGGGUUUCCACGGGCUCCUCACACGCCCUGACCCUCCUGCAGGCCCUGUGCUGUUGGAGAGAAGCCCAUGUCCCACUGUGUCAAGGGCUUGCACACCUCCAGAACAAGAACCUGCUUUCCAUCCACACUGCUGGCACACCCUGCAGACGCUGCUGCAAUCCACGCACUGCCCAGGGCACGCUGGGCACCCUACCAUGUCCCUGGCUACCCCCUCAGACACAGCACGUACCGCCAGC